GCUCCGUGACACCCUGGGGACCACAGGGAUGGAAGAUGCUCCAUGACACCCUGGGGACCACAGGGAUGGAAGAUGCUCCAUGACACCCUGGGGACCACGGGGAUGGAAGAUGCUCCGUGACACCCUGGGGACCACGGGGACGGAAGAUGCUCUGUGACACCCUGGGGACCACAGGGAUGGAAGAUGCUCCGUGACACCCUGGGGACCACAGGGAUGGAAGAUGCUCCGUGACACCCUGGGGACCACGGGGAUGGAAGAUGCUCCGUGACACCCUGGGGACCACGGGGACAGGGGAUGCUCCGUGACGCCCCUGGCGCGGCAGCCACCUUGUGCCACCUGCAGAAGCUCCAGGCCCGGGGUUGGUUUCCUCUCCGAGGGCGGAAGGAGGAAGCCGUGCAAUGGUUUCAAGAUGAGUGGGUGAGAAACCCGAUGAAGGAGUCCCCCCACCCCGGAGCCCUUCCCCGUGGCCUCAGGCCGGCGGGACUUACCGGCGCUCAGCAGGACGUGGGCGGCCGUGGCAAUCUGCGAAGGAGAGGAAGGAGAACGUCAACGGGUGGACAGAGACCCCACGUGUCCCUGCGGAUGGAAUGGAAGGGUGGAUGGAAGGAUGGACACCACCAGGAUGUACAGCCUGGAUGGAUGCAUGGAAGGACGGACACUCAGGAGGAUGAGGGGGAGGAGUCCGGAUGGAUGGACAGGUGGACGGGCACCCAGAGGGACGGACAGACACCUCAACGGACACCCAGAUGGACAGAUGGACCCUUGGAUGAACAUCUGGAGAGGUGGAUUGACCCCCUGAGCAGAUAGAUGGACGUGCAGGUGGAUCUCCAGACAGUGAGAUGAACACCCGGAUGGACAGACAGACAUAUACAGACACCUGGAUGGACGGACAGACAUGUGGAUGGACACCUGGACUGAUGGACAGACAGACAGACAGACAGGCAGACACCUGGGCAGGAAGAACACCCAGGUGGAUGAACAUCUGGACAGACGUGCAGAUGCUCUCCCUGACAGACAGACGGACAACUGGACACAGAGGUCCAGAUGGGUGGACAGAUGGACAAGGAGAUGGGCAACUGGACAGAUGGAUAACCAGACUGAUAGGUGGGCAGCCAGACAGGUGGACAUCUGGAUGGAUGGAUGGGUGGAUGGACAGAUGGACACCUUAGCAGACAGACAGACGGAUGGACACCUGGAUGGAGGGACACCCAGGGAUGGAGCCCUGGAUGGAUGGAUGGAGGGACACCAGGACAGAUGGACAACUGAACACCAGGACAGAUGAACAUCCAGAUACCUGGACAGACGGACACUGGGACAACUGGACAGGCAGACGGCCAUCGGGAAAGAUGGACAGACAGAUGGACAACCAGAGAGACGGACACUUAGAAACACGGACAGAUGUACACCCAUGUACCUGCACACCAGGAUGGACGGACAACCGGACAACCGGAGAGAUGGACAGACAGACACCUGGAGAACCAGGCAGGGAGACAACUGGACAGACAGACACCUGGACAGACGGACAACUGGAGGCCUGAAGAAGCGGACGGAUUGACACCAAGUCAAGCAGUCCUAUAGACGCCUGGACAGACACUUGGACAAGCAGACAGACGGACAGACACCAGGAUGGACACGUGGACAAGCAGACAGGCGGGCACCUGGACAACUGGACAGACAGACAACAGGAUGCCUGGACAAGCGGACAGAUGGAUGGACACGAGGACUUAACAUCUGGAGAAGCAGACAGACGGACACCUGGACAGACGGACAACUCAACAAGCAGACAGAUGGAUGGCUGGACAUCUAGGCAGUCAGACAGACGGACAUGUGGACAGACAGACACGAGAGUAAAGCAGAGAGAGGGAUGCCUGGACACCUGGACAAGAGGACAGACGGACACCUGGACAGGGGGACAGAUGGACACCUGGACAAGAGGACAGACGGACACCUGGACAAGGGGACAGAUGGACACCUGGACAAGGGGACAGACGGACACCAGGACAGGGGGACAGAUGGACACCAGGACAAGGGGACAGAUGGACACCUGGACAAGGGGACAGACGGACACCUGGACAAGGGGACAGAUGGACACCUGGACAAGGGGACAGACGGACACCAGGACAGGGGGACAGAUGGACACCUGGACAAGGGGACAGACGGACACCAGGACAGGGGGACAGAUGGACACCAGGACAAGGGGACAGAUGGACACCUGGACAAGGGGACAGACGGACACCAGGAAAAGGGGACAGAUGGACACCUGGACAAGGGGACAGACGGACACCUGGACAAGGGGACAGGUGGACACCAGGACAAGGGGACAGAUGGACACCUGGACAAGGGGACAGACGGACACCUGGACAAAGCCCUCAGAUGGAAAACCAGAUCCCCGGACAGACGGACAGACAGACAGAUGGACAGAGGGACAGAGGGACAGACGGACAGACAGAGGGACAGAUAGACAGAGGGACAGACAGACGGACGGACGGACGGACAGACGGACCUGCGGCGGGCGCUGCUCCCGGCGCAUUCCCACGAAGGCGGCGGCUCCGGCGGCUCCGAGAGCGGCGGCUGCGAAGGCGGCGAAAAACGCCAACACGAGGCGGAGCGGCCGCCGCUCGGGCCGGGGCUCGGUCCGCCGAUCGGGCCGCUCCCGGGGCUCGGGCCGGGGCUCGAUCCGCUCCCGGGGUUCGAUCCGGGGUUCGAUCCACUCCCGGGGUUCGAUCCGGGGUUCGGUCCGCUCCCGGGGCUCGGUCCGGGGCUCGAUCCGCUCCCGGGGUUCGCUUCGGGUCCCGAUCCAGUCCCGGGGUUCGGUCCGCUCCCGGGGUUCGAUCCGGGUUAAUCCAGGUGCAGUCCCCCGCCUCCCGCUCCUGCUGGCCCAGCCCUUGAGGCCGGUGGCCGCCGCUGGAUUUGCCGCCAUCCCGCUUGGUUGA